AUGGAACCAGACGAGGGGGAGACAUAUCCGAAGCAAGGAACGACAACACGUAACGAGAAGAACACGACCAUCGACUACGAUGAAGACAGAGUAAGGUUAGAGUUAACGAAUCCUGUGUAAAAAAAAGUUGUCGCUUGUGUUUACAAAAUGUAGUUAAUCAAAGAGGACAACAUUAUUAACCGUAAUCAUUUCAGCUGCACGAGAUGACAGCGUCGUAUUCGGAAAUAUCGUUCGAUUCACAAUCAUCUCCGCCUGUUUCGGAGUUGAGAUCGUUGAUCGAUUCACCGGAUAUUGAUGGGACGAGAUUUUUGGAUGGUAGUAUAGAGAAAAUGAACGGAAUUGGUGGCAGACCAGACCAAUUGAGUUUAAAGAAUAGAGAAUCUAGUCCAGUCGAGGAUGAAGACGUAGAUCCUCCAAGUUACCACAAGGCUAUGGGAUAUUUGCAGCUUGAGGGAACGGUAAUGCAAGACGGUGACAUGGUACUGUUCGUUGCCGAGGACUUAGAAAACAAAAUUAAGCUGUCUAGUCCUGUGACAAAAAAGGGAGAGACACCGUCUUUCCCAGGCUCUCGCAGUUCCACUCCCUGUUUAUACAGGCAAGCUUUGACGCCACAGGUGCCUCUUCUCGAUCAUAAUGUAUUAAAUGAAUUAGAGAUGGAAGCAAGAAAGGUGGCCACCUCUGUGGAUGCGUUGACAGAAAACUUGGCAGCCAUUCUGCACAGUGCAUCUGCACUCACUGUAGGUUGUUUAGAAACAUAUAGGGAUGCUGUUUGUAAAACGUGCGACGCAGUGGAUCAUAAUAUCAAAUCAAUGUAUCAAUUAAUGGCAAAAUGUGAGGAAUUGUCAAAAUCUAUGGGUCCUAUAUAUAAGCUAGCCGAACAAAUGCAAGUAUUGAAAUAAUUGUGCAUAAAGUAUACAUAUGUUUCUGUAAUCAUAAUAAUACUUUUCUAUUUUUUAGUAAAGAGAUGA